AUGUCCAGUGACGGAGACAGCACACAUGGUGAACAGAGGCGUACCGCACAUGCAAGAGACGAGAACUUGCAAUCCCAAACAGACCAUGCGGAAAAACAUACCUCAGAACCACAUGCUACACUCGUAAAAAGAGGUUUGGGUGCGGCUGAGUCAGGCGCGUCUAGUAAGAAUGCAGAGACACACGCAGGAGAUACUAGUAUGAGUAGUACGGAAACAAAUGCAGACAGCGCAGGAGUGGACCGUGAUGUGCACACCACAGCCACGAACGCGUGCGUCGAUGCAGCACAGCACGAGCCGAAGCUGUCUCUACAUGUGGGGCAUUUCGCAUCGUUCACUAGCGAAGCAGACGAUGGAGAGGAACAAAUACCGGUGGAUGUACAUAUACAAACUGAUAACGAGCAUAGCAACAACGGUGAAGGGAGUGACAGUGUAGGUGGUGAUGGGGGGAUGGAGUGUGCUGUUCCGGAGAGUGCAUCGAAUACUGAGGUUGGCAUGACUGAGGUAGUUGAUGAGAUCAUUGCAGAGGCUGUACAAGCCGCUAAAGAUGGAAAUAAAGAGAGAUAUAGUAGAGACUCUGGUCCUGAGGAUGAACCAGAAGACGGUACUGAGGACAAUGUACGUGCAAGUACGAACAACCCGCAUGUGCUAUACGAUGACAAUCAGGGUGCUGCAAAAAGUAGUCCUGCACCACCACGUGUACGUACGCCAGUCGACCUGUCUCACUUACACAGUGCCCUAUCAAACUCUAUUGACAGCUCCCACCCAACACACACAGUAGAUUCAACUCGUGUACCUGGUACGCUCAAAGGGAGCGUUACUUCUGGGCAUGCUGAAAAAAUGGGAGAUACAGUACAGAAGGGUAGCGCCGCACAGGCUUUGCCGGGAGAUGGGGUGGUGUCGGCUCAUAGAGUCCAUAUGGACACAGGGUCCCACACUAUACAGCAAGGUAUGGACAAGCAACUGUCUGUGUACAUAUGCAGCUCUGUACAUAUACAUUCUGCAUUUGUUAUCAACAAUUACUUUGACAAUACGGUUGGGUUGAAUAAGUUGUUGGUGAACAGAGGCUAUACCUGUAGAAGUGAUUAG